AUGUCGGUGUGGGAGCAGAGGACCAAUCAGCUGAGGAGACACAACAUCAGGGCGAGCAGCGAGGCCCUGUUCAACGAGCUCGACCCCGAGGAGCGCCUCCGCAUGUCCUCCGCCCUCCAUCUCCACCCUGACAUGAAGACCCACCUGGACCGGCCGCUCGUGGUGGAGGCCAGGAACGGCGACAAACCCAGCAGGCCUCCCGAAGGAGGGGGACGGGACGAGGCAGGGAGUCCCCGGCAGGAUGGGACAGGAGACAACUACUACGCUCACCCCAGGAAGCAUCACCGCCACCGCGACAGAAACGGCGACGGAGGCGACGGCAGGGGGGGGCGGCACCACACCCAUCACAGCAGGAGCAGAGACCACAAGGCUGAGCAGACGAAAGAGAGGAGGGCGGAGAGGAGCCACAGCCACGAGGGAGGGCAGGGACACAGGCACCACCACCAGGCUGGAUCCCCCGAGGAGGAGACCAAUGACGUGCACGGAGGAGGAGAAGAAAGAGGACAUCGCCAUCACCAUUCUCAUCGUCCACCCAAAGAGGGGAACGGGAUGAUGGCGAACGGUGCACAGGGAGAGCGGAAGGGCAGAGGAGGAGGAGGAGGAGGGGAUAGUAACGGAGAGAGGAAGGGUCGCUGCUCUCGUUUGGUCAGAGCUCAUUCGACUCUGGAUGGAGACGACUGUAAGAGGAACAGAAACGGAGCCCGAGGCCACAGAGAGAAGCAGCCAGAUGCCGAGGACAGCGGCCUCGCCUCCAGUCCUCUGCAGCUCAUGCACAGCAGCCUGAGUCUGGGGGAGAAGCAAGAGGACGCCGACAACCAGAAGAACUCCACCAGGGCCAGUCAGGCAGGCCUCAACAGCAGCAACGCCAUCCACAUCCCCGUCACCAUCACCGGCCCGCCCGGAGAGACCGCCAUCAUUCCCAUGAACAGCAUCGACUGUGACAACGUCCAAAUCAGCGACGAGAAGAAAGAUCUGGAGGAAGAGGAGGCGGCUAAUGGGCCUCGGCAGAUCCUCCCCUACAGCUCCAUGUUCGUCUUCGGGCAAACAAAUCCGGUGCGGCGGCUGUGUCACUACGUGGUCAACCUCCGCUACUUUGAAAUGUGCAUCCUGAUGGUCAUCACCAUGAGCAGCAUCGCUCUGGCAGCCGAGGACCCGGUGCAGGCCAACGCACCGCGCAACAAC